GAAAUGAUUUGAGGAUAAUUCUAUACGACUCGCUCCCAUAGAAUUACACUUUCUGAUAUAAUAACACUUCGGGUAGAUAACUUCCGUCCCAAGUUGCUUCGCUUGGAGUUUGGGGAACCUCGGAUCCUUUGAUCUCAUAUAGUUUUUGGUUCUGUUGCAGAGCUGUUCUGGAGGCCCGAUAAUAAGAAAUGGCAGAUGACAAGAGGGACUUGAAUGAGACAAAUACCCGGGGAACUGAUUGGGAGGUUGUCUCCCUCACUGCUUCCACUUUCGCUGCAGCACCUGGUCCUCCAGAAUUUGAUCCUACAGUGCUGCAUAAAAAGGAAGAGUUCAACAAAACUGAACAAGAAUGCUCCGAGGCAAUGUUCAUGUCCAAGCACUUCGUUGUUGCACCCCAUGAGUCUGAAAAACUUCCAGCAGAAAAUUACAGCAGUGCGGUUUAUAAAGAACAAAGCAUUCAAGAUGACAAUAUUACUGAACCUCAGAAGUCUAAUAAAGACAGUUCUACGAUUGACACAAUCAAUGAUCUACAUGGAAGUCAUCUAUUUGAUAUGGAAUGCAGUCUCUCAGAUCACAGUAUGAAUUUGGGAUAUGGAAAGCAAGAGGGAGAUCUAAAAAUGGUGGAAAAGGACCAUGCCUUAUUUGUAUCUCCUAACGAAAUUUCCUUUGAUGACGGAGCUAAUGUGAGCCUUCCUGUCAUUCACGAUGACAUCUCUGACCUUGCUGAACCCAGAAACCCUUCUCAGGAGAAACUUGAUUAUCCUUCUUGGCGAGCACAUGGUUGCAAGCCAAAUGAGGAAAAUAUCGAUGAAAGCUUUGAUGAUUCUCCUGAAUCAUGGUGGAAGAAGCGGGCAAUAUCUGCAUACAACCAUGCCAAGGGGACGAACACGUUCUGGUCCAUCUUUGUCGCUGUGGCAGUGGCAGGACUUGUUAUACUGGGACAACGAUGGCGGAGAGAAAAAUCACAAUUUCAACAAUUUAAAUGGAAGUUUAUCGGUACUGGAGAGAAAAUAAACACCAUUGCUGGACCAGUCGGCCAGCUUAAAUUUCUCGUAGGUGGCAACCACCGUACCGGGCCAAUGCGUCAAGGGCUCCACCCAACCUUCUAAGAUAUGAUUAAUGAUGAUGAUGGCGACAAUGACAACUCUGAUGGUGAUGACGACGACGACGAAAAAGGUAAGAGAGGUCCUUAACAUCACAAAAUUGUGAGAGUUCAGCUACAGAACUAUGUAUGAUUUACCUCUUAAACCACUUGUUUAUAACUGUAUGUCAUUGGCUUUUAAAAACAUAAUACUUUCUUAUAUUCUAUGUGCGUCCAUGUAUGAGUGUUGAACUGUUUGCGUUUGUUGAUGCUUAAAAUUAUCAUAACUUGUGAUUUGGAAAAGACAUAACUGGA